AAACUGCACGUAAGCUUCUAACGAGUCCCUGAAGAGAUGAACAAGGGAUGCAGAUAUUUUGAGUCGGAGACUCCACAUUUCUUCAAGAUUGUUCUAUCUGAUGCCCUUCAGAAUGGAAGACUCGGAAUCCCAAAGAAGUUCGUGAGGAAAUAUGGAAGCAAUCUGCCGGGCCUGGUCUCCCUCCAUGUAGCCAGUGGCGACGUUUGGGAAGUGGAGCUGCUGAGAGAGAAUGACAACGCUUUUCUGCGGAGAGGAUGGCCGGACUUCGCGAAGCGUUACGCCAUCCAACAAGGUCACUUCCUGGUGUUCAGACACGAAGGAGGCUCCGCGUUUCGCGUGGUCAUAUUCGACAAGAGUGCUUCGGAGAUUGAGUACCCCGUCGUCCCUGAAAAUGGCGAUCCGAAAAUGGAAGAAGAUGAGGGGGACAUGUCCGUUGAAGCAUUCGAGGAUCAUUCCGAUCAGACGCGCCGAAACCAAAGGCAAGAGCUGCCUUCGGCGUCAAUACCAUCUCCAUCUUCGAAGAAGAAGAAAACAAACGAGCGCUUGAAUAAGCAGGCAGUUGGAGGUAGCUCUGACUUUGCACUCUUUAUUGGAACAUUAUGA